CCUAUACAGCACUACUUCUUUCAACAAGUAAACAAGGAGAGAAGAGAUCAUCAAAAUAAAAAGAAUUAUAAGUUUUAAAAAUAAUUUAUUAACGGUUUGAUUGAGUUGUUUGUGGUGCACCAGUAAUUUGUGUUAGCAAACGCGCGGCCAUUGUCGGACGGGUCAAAAACAAGCAGGCUUGCGCAGCGCACACCCAAAAAAUAUAUAUGUACAUGUAUAUAUGCAUGUGUAUAUGUGUGUGUGUGUGUAAAGAGAGACUCGAGAAGGCCAACGCUUAAAUGGAAAAACUCAAACGAAACAAAAACAAUAUGCACUUAAAAUGUAUACCAAUUACUACAACAAAAAUUAAAGGAAAAACUGUUGAUAAUAAAGCGCAACAAAAUCGAAACUGCAUGCGAAACGAUUAAAAGACAAGCGAACGAUCAAGAGUGCAACAAAGAGAGCCAGAUAGAGUAUUUUACUCUAAUAUAUAUAGACAUAUAUUAAAUUACUUUUAACAUAUACAUAUAUAUUUAAAAGAAAAAAAAAAACAGCCAUGGGCGAUACACUGUAUAUCUCCAACGAGACAUACAUGUUCAGCAGAUUCUCAAUUGAUCUCUGGAAGUAUGAUCCGCCGGAUACUGUCCAUUUAACAUGCCUGAUUUUCAACGGUUCGACAAUCUAUUUGCACGUCAAGUCCACGGCCACAAUUCGAGAGGUAAAAGAGGAAAUAUUGGCACAGGCUAGAUAUCUACCAUUGAGCUAUAUGAUUAAGGAUGCCUGCGAUUAUCAAAUAUGUGGCAUAUCGUCCUAUACGAUCGAGCCAUAUACAGACGAGACGAAGCGUCUGUUCGAGGUCCAGCCGUACUUUGGCUUGCUUAGCCUUAGGGAACGCAGCGACUCGACCACCUUUUCCAGCGACUAUGAGCUAACCAAAAUGGUUACGGACAUAAUUGGCACAUCGUUCGAUCAUCAAAACACUCAAGGUUCUCCUGAGGUAGAUUAUUUUCGCGCUAAGGUGACAGAAGUCUCUGAUGAAAUUAAACUGGAGCGAUCGAGAUAUACGUGGCAGCAGCGAUUGCUCUACGAGCAUCCACUGCGGCUUGCCAACUCGACAGCCAUGCCAGAACUAAUACGACAACGUCAUCCAAGCUCGGCAUUUUUGAUUGCCGUCAAGAACGAGAAUGAUCAGAGCACAUUCACGCUGUCCGUACUGGAGCAUGAUACGCCACUCUCAUUGAUCGAAAGCACGCUUCAGAAGAUGAACCGCUCACAGAUGAAGAUGAACGAUCGUGCCUCCGACUAUAUACUCAAAGUGAGCGGCCGUGAUGAGUAUCUGUUUGGUGAUCAUCCGCUGAUACAAUUCCUGUACAUACAAGAAACGCUCUCCGAUGCAGCCGUGCCAAAUGUGGUGCUGCAGUCGGUACUGCGGCUCGAGUGCUACAUCAAUCACUACAAUCAGAAAAGUCUGGGUCAAAAGAAGCCCCAAAAUCCAAAUAAUCAAAUCGCACAAAUCCCAUUAGAGCCCUGUAAUGUGAUAUGGAAUUUGGAAAAUGUGAAUUUCACAUUAACAAUGCAUGGCGUCACAAAUGUCAACUUCGAUCGUGCUCGAGCUUUUAAAGUUGGCGUCCAUGUUGGUCUCUAUCAUGGAAAGCGAAAAUUGUGCUCGCAGCGCACCGUCGAUGCGCCUAGCCAAGGCAAUUCGCAGGACUUUCAAUUUGAUGAAAACGUCAUGACAUUUGAUAUUCAAAUGCGCAACCUGCCACGAAUGACGCGUCUGUGUAUUGUGGUAUUCGAAGUGACCAAAAUGUCGCGCUCGAAGAAAUCGUCUAAUAAUACCAGCACGCUUAAGGAUGACUUCUACAACAACAAUCCAUUGGCCUGGGUCAAUACAACGAUUUUUGACUAUAAAGACCAGUUGCGUAAGGGACGUCAAACACUAUACACCUGGACCUAUGCAGACGACAUCCAGUCGGAUGAUGUGUUUUAUCCGCUGGGCACUGUCGAGUCCAAUCCACGCGUAGACGGUUGUGCUAUGGUGCAUCUGACAUUCCACCAAGGCACCAAUGAAAAUUGCAACGACGAAGCUAUCUGUUAUCCUAGCGAGGAUGAAGUUCUACAAUAUGCAGCAGAACGAGCGUACUCCAAUCGUGAUAAGCAAUCGCUAAGUAUAGAGGAGCUUGGUGCCCUAUUAGCGAAUUAUUCGGGCAAAGACAAAAUUUACGAAAUGGUUGACCAGGAUCGCAAUACCAUAUGGGAACAUAAAAACGAUAUUUUGCGCGAAUUUCCAGAGGAUUUGUCUGUAUUGUUGCAAUGUGUGUACUGGAAAGAUCGCGAUGAUGUGUCUGAUAUUUGGUAUUUGCUCAAGAUGUGGCCCCUUAUAUCCAUUGAACGCUCACUGGAACUGCUAGACUAUGCCUAUCCAGAUCCAGCAGUGCGCGGAUUCGCCAUCAAGUGUCUGCAUAAUCUCAAAGAUGAGGAACUGCUGCUGUACUUAUUACAGCUGGUACAGGCAAUUAAGCACGAAUCGUAUUUAGCAAAUGAUUUGGUAAUAUUUUUGCUGCAACGAGCUCUGCGUAACCAACGCAUUGGACAUUACUUUUUCUGGCAUCUGCGGUCCGAAAUGCAUACGCCCUGCAUGCAGACACGGUUUGGUCUACUUCUGGAAGCUUAUCUUAAAGGCUGCAAUCAGCAUGUAAAGCCGCUGCGAAAGCAACUCGAGGUGCUAGAAAAGUUAAAGGUGGGAUCCGUGUUAGCCAAAAAGGGGAGCAAGGACAAAGUACGCUCCGUAUUGCAGGAUUUUCUCCGCAACGAACACAACAACGGCAUCUUCCAAAAUAUACAAAACCCUUUAAACCCGAGCUUUAGAUGCAGGCGUGUCACACCCGACAAAUGUAAGGUCAUGGAUAGCAAAAUGCGACCGCUCUGGGUAGUAUUCGAAAACGUGGAUCAGACGGCCAAUGAUGUGUACAUCAUAUUUAAAAAUGGCGAUGAUCUGCGCCAGGACAUGCUUACACUGCAAAUGCUACGUGUCAUGGAUCAGUUGUGGAAACGUGAAGGAUUGGAUUUGCGUAUGAACAUCUACAACUGCAUCAGCAUGGAACAACGAUUAGGCAUGAUAGAGGUGGUUCGUCAUUCGGAGACAAUAGCUAAUAUACAAAAGUUAAAGGGCAUGUUUUCGGCAACAUCACCAUUUAAAAAGGGUUCGCUCUACAGUUGGCUCAAGGAGCACAAUAAGGCGCCCGAGAAACUUAACAAAGCCAUCAAUGAGUUUACGCUCAGCUGUGCUGGCUACUGCGUUGCCACCUACGUGUUGGGCGUCGCCGAUCGUCAUUCAGACAAUAUAAUGGUCAAGCGUAAUGGACAGCUCUUCCAUAUUGACUUCGGCCAUAUUUUGGGCCACUUUAAAGAGAAGUUCGGAGUGCGACGCGAACGUGUGCCCUUUGUGCUUACCCACGACUUUGUCUACGUCAUCAACAAAGGCUGUAUUGACCGCGAGGCAAAGGAGUUUUGCUACUUCCAGGAGUUGUGUGAGCGCGCAUUUUUAAUAUUACGCAAACAUGGUUGCCUUAUUUUAUCGCUAUUCUCAAUGAUGAUUUCAACGGGACUGCCGGAACUAUCCUCAGAGAAGGACCUGAACUAUUUACGUGAGACUUUGGUGCUGGACUACACGGAGGAAAAUGCACGUAAACAUUUCCAAGCGAAAUUCAGUGAAGCUUUGGCCAAUUCAUGGAAAACGUCACUGAAUUGGGCCUCACACAAUUUCUCUAAAAACAACAAACAGUGAACUACAACUAAAAUUUGUAGUCACGAGUUCAUACCACAUGCACACAGACAUACGCACUCCCUCAGUAUCCACAGGUCCUGUAUAUCGGUCUACAUUUCUAUGUUUACGUUUUCGGAUGAGGCGUAGUACAAUUUUUUUAUGUAAUACAACCACAAAAAAGUUCAAAACUAUGUGUUCACUAUAUAAGGUCAAGAUACACAUAUACACCCACACACACUUACACAGAUUAGAAAUAGUUAUAACAGACCAUACGCUUCUGUCGCCCCAUAAGUGCUUUAUUUCUAUAUUUUCUGUAAUGUUUUCUUGUCGACCUGUAGAAUUUGUUCAAUGAUUUUACAUUCUUUUGAUUGAUAAAGGAUUCUACGCCCAUAUAAAUUAUGAUUAUGAAUGUAUCCUAUUAAU